AACGUCAGAAAUACAGUUAAGCGCGUUGCGGCGGGAGUUCAAGUUGAUUAGGUCGUCACGCAGAGUUCCUGUAUCCCAUUCCUGCAUAAUGGAACCCCGAAAAGUGAGAAAAUCAUGGCUUAGUACAAGUCAGGAGGUUUUAUAUAUUGCCUCUGAGGAUCGAAACCGACCAGUGGGUCCCAUAUGGCCACUAUGUAUUUCUAAGCAAAAUUUGAAAAAUGAGGAAUCAACUAAUCGUGAUAAUAUGACUGAGGCAACAUCACUUGAUAAUAAAUAUACAGUGGUCUUGCAUAGGAACGAGAAUGAAGAACCACUAACAGUGAAUGUUUCAGACAUUCUUUCUUUAUCGACGUUUUCUCGACGAGCUGUAGUGGAUUUUGGUUCAACUACUGGGAAGCCAUUAACUCGUUUCUUGUUGCUAGAGAACCCUAUUGAUGAGGCACAGUCGGUUGUAGUUCAACGUGGACCUCCAGACAAUGAAUUCCUUAUUGACUGGAUAGCAUCAGAAACAGAUAACGAAUUUCGAUCAUGCUAUCCUGCAGUCUCUAAACAAAUUCACCUUUCACCUUUGCACGGCCAAGCUCUAUUGAAAAUUACAUGGGCACCUGCUCGUAAUUUAACGUCAGAGGGUGAAUCUACUUUCCAUCACGUUAUUCAAUUCCGUGUUAAUGAUGCAUACACUCUUCAAGCUGUAAUCAUUGGUCGAUUGUUGCCACGUGUCGAGAAAUUCACUCGUCCAAAAGUAUGGCUUAAAAAACCACAGUUUUCAACAUUUAAAAGGCCAGGUUUACCUACCUGGACAGAAAAUUCUUUCAUUAAGCCAACUGAACGUUGUUCCAGAUUAGAUACUAGCAAAAAGGAGAAAACUAAUAUCCUCAGAAGUCGUUCCAAUUUUACCUCACCUGUAUCUGAGAUUCGUCACUAUCCACGCUCAUCUAGUGAACGUCAAACCAAUAAAAAUGAGGGAAUAGACUUGAGUUGUUCUACUGCUUUCUUCAUAUCUGGGGCAUCACAGGAAAAUGUAAUCCCUCCUCCACAAACUUUGAGCGAAUCAUUUACUGAUCCACAGGAGAAGACAUAUGAUGCUCAGUUGAACGCUGCGAAUAACCGACGUCGAUCGUGUUCACAACCAGCAAUGCUUACUCCUAAUAAAGACUUACCGGUAUUUGGUCGAUUCCAUGAAAUGAAGGAACUAACUUCUCCUAGACGUUCCACAUCUAUUUCGAAUAGGUUGUGCUCAGAUAUGGAUUUAACAAUGAAUACUAAUUUUUUAAACUCCACUGCAACUGCCUUUGUUUCACCGAAACUUGUGCGUUCACCUGCUCUCAAAGGAGCUGCCCAUUCUGUUACAUCUACUACACAUAAAAGAGAUCAAGACGGAAAUUUGUUCUACUCGAAUGUCACUUCUGUUUUGUCUGAAAUGAGUGUUUUCGGCUUAACACAAUGGUUAAAUGGUAUUUUCGCCCCGUGUAUCGCAGCCAACUGUUACAACGGACAUGUAAAUAGUGGAUCUAAAGAGAUUUGUGUAUAUGGAUCACCUAUAUAUCAUUCGACAGUGAAAAAAGCUGUUGAAUUACUAAGUUCAACUGCUCUCACAGUCCCUGGAGAGCGCAUUGAGCGUGAAAUAGACACUGGAAAGUUGAUACCCAUUCAAGAUAUAUUACUUCGUGUUGAUAAAGGUUCUCAACGUCGGAUUCAAGACCUCUUAUUGAGUAACUAUGCUCCUAUAUGGCUUCAUCUGACAGUCGAUUCAUUAUCAAGUAUUUCGUCAGGCAAACCGAAUUCUUCGACGAAGUCGAACAACCUUCAGUCUACAGUUAUGACAGACACUACUGAGACAUCUAACGUGGAAGACGAUAAAAGUAACAAUACCACUAGUUUACCAAAAAAGAUACACACUUAUUUGUUUGAAUCUUUUAUUCCAAAUAAAUCAGUUUUAAUGAAAUCAGAUUCAAAGGAUACGAAAUCGAAACAGGUCUCUCAUACUGCUGCUUCAGUCAAAAACAACAAAACUUCAGCGAAACCCAAUGCACCAAGUCGUGAUGUUUUGUUCAACCGUCAUGUCGUUAAAAGAUUCAUUAUAUUUGUUUGGAUUAUGGACUACUUUAAAAGUCAUAUGUUGAUUAAAUAUGAUCCAUGCCUAUUUCGUGUUAAAUCUCAUAUUAAAUCGACUGCAUCGCUGCUUAUGCAGUUUGCACAGUAUUUUUUGUAUGGUGUGAAUAAUCUAGUUCGUCAUAUAUCCUACUUAGGAGCGGAAGUCAAAGUGAAUCAAACACAACUAGAUGAGUAUCAAUUUAACGUUGAAAAUUUGGCUGUUGACCUAAGAGAUGGUGUCCGUUUAGUAAAGCUUGCAGAACUGUUGAUUCCUACACUAUCACCUGCUAUGUCUACUCAAAAGCAACCUACUAUCGUUGUUGAACCUGGUAGUCUUAUGUCAAUGGUUCGAUUCCCUGUUAUAAGUCGUCUUCAGAAAAUACACAAUGUUGGACUUGCUCUUAAAGCUUUUCAACAGUAUGGUGAGAUUUCAAUGGUUGACGGAAGUCUAAUUGAUCCUCGGGAUAUUGUUGAUGGACAUCGGGAAAAAACACUGACCUUACUUUGGUGUAUAUUGCUGCGUUAUCAAGUCCUCGCCCUACUUGAUCAUUCUGCUCUUGAAAAUGAAAUUCAACUUCUUGAAGUUAAAGUCAACUCUCUUGGCAAAAAUGUUGAUGAAGUGAAUAACUUUAAACCGAGCACUGUUGCAAAUAGUCCAGAUGAAGAUAAAUGUGAUGCUGCCCAUUUCAAAUUACUCUAUUGGGCUUAUUUAGUUUGCCAGCUAUAUGAUGUAACAAUUACCAGUUUGGAUGAAUCGUUUGCUGAUGGGAGAGCAUUAUGCUAUCUACUGCAUCAUUACUUACCAACUAUCCUACCUCAAGGUUUAAUUCGUCAGUUUACAACACAGUCGGCCAAUUCGUCCAUCCCCAUUCCAAAUUCUAUACUUAUACGGAAUAAUUUGUUUAAUUUAUCAUUGUUUCAAAGAAAACUUGCAGUAUUAGGUGAUGUACCACUUCUUUUAACCAAUUACGCAACAAAUCCUACUCCAUUAUUGACCAGUGCAGAUAGUAUUCUACCACCAGGAUUGGUAUUGACCACUUUAGCGUAUCUUGUGAAUAGAUUAGUCGUUGGUCCUGAAGAGAAACAAAAGCUACAUCUACUUAUUCGUGAUAAUGCUGCAUGCAUUAUUCAAAAUGCAUGGCGUCGUUUUCAAGAUCAUCUGAAAUUCUCAAAUUUUAAAUUGGUACCUUAUGGAAGAGAAUGGAGGAUGCAGAGAAGAAUGACUAGAGCAUGCAUUAAGAUUCAAGCUUAUGCACGUGGAUAUCUUGCGCGUAAAUAUGUUGCACAGAUUCGAUUGGCUAGAAAUACUGCUGCAACUGUAAUACAGUCUUAUGUUCGUCGAUACUUGGCACAAUGUUAUAUUAAGCUUUUACAUAAAUCAGCUACCUUAAUUCAGUCUACCUGGCGUGGAUAUGUGGUACAACGAAGUUACACAUCAAUAAGAACGUUCUUUAUCAUAGUCCAAGCCUACUCACGAGGUUUCUUGGCUCGUAGAUAUGUUGCACAGUUACAAGCGAAGAGGAAUGCAGCCGCCAUAGUAAUACAGUCGUAUUUCCGAAGAUUUAUUGUCCAACGUGAUGUAUGUAAUUGGCACAAAUCAGCUAUCCAGAUUCAGAGUGCUUGGCGUUGUUAUCAUGCUCGUCGAGUAUAUCUCCAACUGAGAGAGGCAUGUCUAACAGUUCAGCGAUAUGUACGCGGUUAUUUUGCUCGCAAAUACGCUUUAGAAAUGCGUAGAAAAAUGACUUCAGCAGCUAUAGUAUUUCAAUCACAUUUCCGAGGUUAUUUGGUUAGAAGACUAAUUUUGUGUUGGCAUAGUGCAGCAAUUCACAUCCAGAAGACUUGGCGCUGUUUUUAUUAUCGACAACGUUUUCUGUCAUUGAAAUCGACAUGCAUCUCUGUCCAACGGUAUGCACGAGGAUAUAUGGCACGUAAACGUCUUGCAGAAAUACAAUCUAGACGAAAUUCAGCAGCUAUAGUUAUUCAAUCCCACUUCCGUAGAUAUUUAGUCUGUCGUGAAAUCAAUUUGUGGCAUAGUUCAGCACUACAAAUACAAAAGUGUUGGCGUUCAUAUCGCCAUCGUAAAAUCAUUACACAAUUUCAAGAGAUUGUUUCACUGGUACUAACGCAUCACAAUGCAUCUGUUAAAAUUCAAAGCUGGUGGCGUGCCUGUUAUCUUUCACGAUUAUUCAAUAGACAACGUCUUUCUGCUCUACGAAUUCAAGCCGCAUGGAGAGGUUUUCGACUUCGUAAACAUCUAUUGACUUUGACACAACCGUCGGAAAUUUCCACCAACACAACAAAAGUAUUAUCACAUCAGACAAUUAAUCGAAAAGGCAAUUUUACCGCCAGUAUUCCACUCAAGUUAAAAUCUGCUCCAAAAACUGGUGAUAUUAAAUCUAAACCUCAAAAACAGAAAGCCUGUUUAUUAUCACUUUCAUCAUCUGAGGCGACAUCUUUACUAGCUAUACGUUCACGCUUGAAUAAAGCAACACAACGUGCACGUAUUCAUCCAAAUUUGACAUUGGCUGCAAAAGCUCGAAAUGCAUUGAAACAACUCUCUCAAUCUACGUCAAUAAAUCAGAUAAUCGAUGCAAUCAAAUUUUUGCAAAUGGCUAGUGGUUUGUCAGUGGAACUAUGCUAUUGGAUUGUUGGCUUGCCAACUCCUAACAGUCUAUCAUCUAAUGAAAACAAUGAGAAUUCACCAAGUGUACUGAUUCGUUUCUUUCAAAUUAUGAUGGCUUGUAACCGGUCUGUACCACAUGAAGACAUUUUUGUAUCUAUCACUGGGACACUCUUAAAUAUUGGACGGCAUACAAAUCUAGCCUGUAAUACAGAUAUAUGGUGGAAUCCAUUAUUUUCUAAAUUCAAGUCAAGUGAUAAUGAAGAAAAUGCAGAUAAUAGUAGUAGUAAUAAUAAUAAUAAUAAUACUGAUGAUGUUGAGGAGGAAUUCUCGACUCCAGCAAUAGUACAUUCUCUAAACGCCCAGUUACGACGUUAUCAAAGUCUGCCAGGCCUAAAUGCAAUUGAAUCAGACAUCAAAGUGACACUUCCCCCAUGUUCACUUCAAAGGACAUCUAUUCAACCUGUUUCUGCGGAGCAGAAAUUAAAUUCCUUGUCUAUGUCACAGAAUAUGUGUUUAAUUGAAGUUUUAGUCGGAAUACUUCAGAGGACUUGGCGAGCUCGUCCUGGGACAGUGAGUAUACGUCUGUUCAGUCGAACGUGUUGCGUUCUCGCUCUUCUGUUCACUCCUGCUCCUGCUGACUUGUUCUUGAUUAAUUCUUCUCUAUUGGCGAUAUUACGAGAAAUUCAUGAAGGUUUAUAUCGCCGAGCUGAUCCACACUGUCAAUUCCAUUUGAAUUUCGACCCCACUGGAAAUACUGCUAAUUCUCUUAGUGUUAGUGAUUUACGCAUCAAAUCGUCAAGUGCUGUUGUGAAUCAAAUCCGUACACAUCUCAGUUAUGAUUUAGACUGGCAUUUCAAACCAAUCAAAGCUCGUCCUAAUCCCCUAUUGGCUAUUCAUUAUCUAUUAUAUAUUGUUGAAAAGAAAACGUCAACUGUGCCAGGUUUACCUACCUGGACAGAAAAUUCUUUCAUUAAGCCAACUGAACGUUGUUCCAGAUUAGAUACUAGCAAAAAGGAGAAAACUAAUAUCCUCAGAAGUCGUUCCAAUUUUACCUCACCUGUAUCUGAGAUUCGUCACUAUCCACGCUCAUCUAGUGAACGUCAAACCAAUAAAAAUGAGGGAAUAGACUUGAGUUGUUCUACUGCUUUCUUCAUAUCUGGGGCAUCACAGGAAAAUGUAAUCCCUCCUCCACAAACUUUGAGCGAAUCAUUUACUGAUCCACAGGAGAAGACAUAUGAUGCUCAGUUGAACGCUGCGAAUAACCGACGUCGAUCGUGUUCACAACCAGCAAUGCUUACUCCUAAUAAAGACUUACCGGUAUUUGGUCGAUUCCAUGAAAUGAAGGAACUAACUUCUCCUAGACGUUCCACAUCUAUUUCGAAUAGGUUGUGCUCAGAUAUGGAUUUAACAAUGAAUACUAAUUUUUUAAACUCCACUGCAACUGCCUUUGUUUCACCGAAACUUGUGCGUUCACCUGCUCUCAAAGGAGCUGCCCAUUCUGUUACAUCUACUACACAUAAAAGAGAUCAAGACGGAAAUUUGUUCUACUCGAAUGUCACUUCUGUUUUGUCUGAAAUGAGUGUUUUCGGCUUAACACAAUGGUUAAAUGGUAUUUUCGCCCCGUGUAUCGCAGCCAACUGUUACAACGGACAUGUAAAUAGUGGAUCUAAAGAGAUUUGUGUAUAUGGAUCACCUAUAUAUCAUUCGACAGUGAAAAAAGCUGUUGAAUUACUAAGUUCAACUGCUCUCACAGUCCCUGGAGAGCGCAUUGAGCGUGAAAUAGACACUGGAAAGUUGAUACCCAUUCAAGAUAUAUUACUUCGUGUUGAUAAAGGUUCUCAACGUCGGAUUCAAGACCUCUUAUUGAGUAACUAUGCUCCUAUAUGGCUUCAUCUGACAGUCGAUUCAUUAUCAAGUAUUUCGUCAGGCAAACCGAAUUCUUCGACGAAGUCGAACAACCUUCAGUCUACAGUUAUGACAGACACUACUGAGACAUCUAACGUGGAAGACGAUAAAAGUAACAAUACCACUAGUUUACCAAAAAAGAUACACACUUAUUUGUUUGAAUCUUUUAUUCCAAAUAAAUCAGUUUUAAUGAAAUCAGAUUCAAAGGAUACGAAAUCGAAACAGGUCUCUCAUACUGCUGCUUCAGUCAAAAACAACAAAACUUCAGCGAAACCCAAUGCACCAAGUCGUGAUGUUUUGUUCAACCGUCAUGUCGUUAAAAGAUUCAUUAUAUUUGUUUGGAUUAUGGACUACUUUAAAAGUCAUAUGUUGAUUAAAUAUGAUCCAUGCCUAUUUCGUGUUAAAUCUCAUAUUAAAUCGACUGCAUCGCUGCUUAUGCAGUUUGCACAGUAUUUUUUGUAUGGUGUGAAUAAUCUAGUUCGUCAUAUAUCCUACUUAGGAGCGGAAGUCAAAGUGAAUCAAACACAACUAGAUGAGUAUCAAUUUAACGUUGAAAAUUUGGCUGUUGACCUAAGAGAUGGUGUCCGUUUAGUAAAGCUUGCAGAACUGUUGAUUCCUACACUAUCACCUGCUAUGUCUACUCAAAAGCAACCUACUAUCGUUGUUGAACCUGGUAGUCUUAUGUCAAUGGUUCGAUUCCCUGUUAUAAGUCGUCUUCAGAAAAUACACAAUGUUGGACUUGCUCUUAAAGCUUUUCAACAGUAUGGUGAGAUUUCAAUGGUUGACGGAAGUCUAAUUGAUCCUCGGGAUAUUGUUGAUGGACAUCGGGAAAAAACACUGACCUUACUUUGGUGUAUAUUGCUGCGUUAUCAAGUCCUCGCCCUACUUGAUCAUUCUGCUCUUGAAAAUGAAAUUCAACUUCUUGAAGUUAAAGUCAACUCUCUUGGCAAAAAUGUUGAUGAAGUGAAUAACUUUAAACCGAGCACUGUUGCAAAUAGUCCAGAUGAAGAUAAAUGUGAUGCUGCCCAUUUCAAAUUACUCUAUUGGGCUUAUUUAGUUUGCCAGCUAUAUGAUGUAACAAUUACCAGUUUGGAUGAAUCGUUUGCUGAUGGGAGAGCAUUAUGCUAUCUACUGCAUCAUUACUUACCAACUAUCCUACCUCAAGGUUUAAUUCGUCAGUUUACAACACAGUCGGCCAAUUCGUCCAUCCCCAUUCCAAAUUCUAUACUUAUACGGAAUAAUUUGUUUAAUUUAUCAUUGUUUCAAAGAAAACUUGCAGUAUUAGGUGAUGUACCACUUCUUUUAACCAAUUACGCAACAAAUCCUACUCCAUUAUUGACCAGUGCAGAUAGUAUUCUACCACCAGGAUUGGUAUUGACCACUUUAGCGUAUCUUGUGAAUAGAUUAGUCGUUGGUCCUGAAGAGAAACAAAAGCUACAUCUACUUAUUCGUGAUAAUGCUGCAUGCAUUAUUCAAAAUGCAUGGCGUCGUUUUCAAGAUCAUCUGAAAUUCUCAAAUUUUAAAUUGGUACCUUAUGGAAGAGAAUGGAGGAUGCAGAGAAGAAUGACUAGAGCAUGCAUUAAGAUUCAAGCUUAUGCACGUGGAUAUCUUGCGCGUAAAUAUGUUGCACAGAUUCGAUUGGCUAGAAAUACUGCUGCAACUGUAAUACAGUCUUAUGUUCGUCGAUACUUGGCACAAUGUUAUAUUAAGCUUUUACAUAAAUCAGCUACCUUAAUUCAGUCUACCUGGCGUGGAUAUGUGGUACAACGAAGUUACACAUCAAUAAGAACGUUCUUUAUCAUAGUCCAAGCCUACUCACGAGGUUUCUUGGCUCGUAGAUAUGUUGCACAGUUACAAGCGAAGAGGAAUGCAGCCGCCAUAGUAAUACAGUCGUAUUUCCGAAGAUUUAUUGUCCAACGUGAUGUAUGUAAUUGGCACAAAUCAGCUAUCCAGAUUCAGAGUGCUUGGCGUUGUUAUCAUGCUCGUCGAGUAUAUCUCCAACUGAGAGAGACAUGCAUCUCUGUCCAACGGUAUGCACGAGGAUAUAUGGCACGUAAACGUCUUGCAGAAAUACAAUCUAGACGAAAUUCAGCAGCUAUAGUUAUUCAAUCCCACUUCCGUAGAUAUUUAGUCUGUCGUGAAAUCAAUUUGUGGCAUAGUUCAGCACUACAAAUACAAAAGUGUUGGCGUUCAUAUCGCCAUCGUAAAAUCAUUACACAAUUUCAAGAGAUUGUUUCACUGGUACUAACGCAUCACAAUGCAUCUGUUAAAAUUCAAAGCUGGUGGCGUGCCUGUUAUCUUUCACGAUUAUUCAAUAGACAACGUCUUUCUGCUCUACGAAUUCAAGCCGCAUGGAGAGGUUUUCGACUUCGUAAACAUCUAUUGACUUUGACACAACCGUCGGAAAUUUCCACCAACACAACAAAAGUAUUAUCACAUCAGACAAUUAAUCGAAAAGGCAAUUUUACCGCCAGUAUUCCACUCAAGUUAAAAUCUGCUCCAAAAACUGGUGAUAUUAAAUCUAAACCUCAAAAACAGAAAGCCUGUUUAUUAUCACUUUCAUCAUCUGAGGCGACAUCUUUACUAGCUAUACGUUCACGCUUGAAUAAAGCAACACAACGUGCACGUAUUCAUCCAAAUUUGACAUUGGCUGCAAAAGCUCGAAAUGCAUUGAAACAACUCUCUCAAUCUACGUCAAUAAAUCAGAUAAUCGAUGCAAUCAAAUUUUUGCAAAUGGCUAGUGGUUUGUCAGUGGAACUAUGCUAUUGGAUUGUUGGCUUGCCAACUCCUAACAGUCUAUCAUCUAAUGAAAACAAUGAGAAUUCACCAAGUGUACUGAUUCGUUUCUUUCAAAUUAUGAUGGCUUGUAACCGGUCUGUACCACAUGAAGACAUUUUUGUAUCUAUCACUGGGACACUCUUAAAUAUUGGACGGCAUACAAAUCUAGCCUGUAAUACAGAUAUAUGGUGGAAUCCAUUAUUUUCUAAAUUCAAGUCAAGUGAUAAUGAAGAAAAUGCAGAUAAUAGUAGUAGUAAUAAUAAUAAUAAUAAUACUGAUGAUGUUGAGGAGGAAUUCUCGACUCCAGCAAUAGUACAUUCUCUAAACGCCCAGUUACGACGUUAUCAAAGUCUGCCAGGCCUAAAUGCAAUUGAAUCAGACAUCAAAGUGACACUUCCCCCAUGUUCACUUCAAAGGACAUCUAUUCAACCUGUUUCUGCGGAGCAGAAAUUAAAUUCCUUGUCUAUGUCACAGAAUAUGUGUUUAAUUGAAGUUUUAGUCGGAAUACUUCAGAGGACUUGGCGAGCUCGUCCUGGGACAGUGAGUAUACGUCUGUUCAGUCGAACGUGUUGCGUUCUCGCUCUUCUGUUCACUCCUGCUCCUGCUGACUUGUUCUUGAUUAAUUCUUCUCUAUUGGCGAUAUUACGAGAAAUUCAUGAAGGUUUAUAUCGCCGAGCUGAUCCACACUGUCAAUUCCAUUUGAAUUUCGACCCCACUGGAAAUACUGCUAAUUCUCUUAGUGUUAGUGAUUUACGCAUCAAAUCGUCAAGUGCUGUUGUGAAUCAAAUCCGUACACAUCUCAGUUAUGAUUUAGACUGGCAUUUCAAACCAAUCAAAGCUCGUCCUAAUCCCCUAUUGGCUAUUCAUUAUCUAUUAUAUAUUGUUGAAAAGAAAACGUCAACU